AAUUCUAAAACGAAAAACUAUAUAAAAUGAAGAUUAAUUAAAAUGUUUUGCAAAAUAAAAAAUAAGACUUACUUUCACAUAUUUAUGUUAAACUCAAAUUAUACCGCAUUACUGAUAUGUAUUUCGUUUUAAUGAAAAACUGCACUGCCCUCGCAUUAAAUAUUUAUGUUAGUUUCAAUCAGAAACAUUAAAAUUUGCUAUGAAUGUAAACAAAAUUGUAAAAAUAUACGAUCAAAUCAUAUAUCAACAAAUUGUUAACAUAAAUCUUGUAAUAAGAAAAAAUUGUUAAUAUUCAUAUACUAUAUUUUUUUCUUGAUAUAUAAAAAAAAAGAUUUCUCAAUGAUGAGAUUCGUAAUGUCAAGUAGAAGAAAGAUAUUGUUAGUUUUGUGAAAUAAAUAUUCUUAUUAAAAAUGUUAGCAUUGGCAUUUACCAAAAUUUGUAUUCGUUUUCAACGAAAUCAUAAUGAAACAAAUAUAUAUCGAUCAUUUUCAUUAAGUCGUUUUAUUUUUUUAAACGAACGAAAAAAGAAAGAAAUAGAAAUAAAACAAAAAGAAUUAAUGGCACGUGGUCUUCCAAAAGUGAAACCUUUAAAAGGUGUUAAACAAAUCGUUAUUGUAGCAUCUGGAAAAGGUGGAGUUGGCAAAUCAACAAUUGCUGUAAAUUUAUCAAUCGCUUUAAAAACUGUCGAACCACAAAAAUCUGUUGGUUUACUCGAUGCUGAUGUAUUCGGUCCAUCUGUACCGUUAAUGAUGAAUAUACAACAAAUUCCCAUGAUUAAUGAUGCAAAUCUUAUAGAACCUCUUGUAAAUUAUGGUGUAAAAUGGUAAUAAAAUAAUAUUAUUUAUUUU